AUGGCCCGGCAUUCCGCCGCCGCCGCCGCGGGGGGGAUGGCGGCGCCCGCCCUGGCCCUCCUGCUGGCCGCUCUGGCCAGCGCCACCGAGCUCGGCAAGGAGGGCAGUGCGGCCUACGCGGACGAGAUGCGCCUCCGCGUGCAGGCCAACCUCCAGGCGGUGCUGCCGCUCCCGUGGGACAGGAUCGAGGACCGCGACUACAUGUGGAAGACCACGGACCUGGGCUCGACGAUCAGCAUUGCGUCGUUCAAGCUGCAGGGCACCGACCAGCCUGCGAGCCCACGGCCUAGCGUGCGAUGGGGCGCCAAGGGCGGGAAGGAGAUCCUACACUACAAUGGCGUCCUCGACCCGUCCUCGGAGCUCACGAUGCUGGCGUGGCAGAAGAUCCGGUGGGCAGGCCUGAAAGCGUUCCUCCAGGCCCAGAUGGCGGUGGACGCCGGCAAGCUGGUGGUCAUCAGCUCUUACGGCGACGUGCUGUACGGGGGCUGCUCGGAGGAGGUAAUCAUGUUCAAGUACAACGAGAUCAUCGCCGCUAGCGGCGGCACCCAGACGAUCGUCAUGGCCGCGGAGGUCUCGCCCUGGCCGUGGUCGCUGGGGUGGCGCUACAGCAGAACGAACUUCACCUCCUUCAGGAGGGCGGACGUGAUCGCGGCAUACUCCCUGUCGAGCACCUGGGAGUCGUCGUUCUCCAACUGCACCGACCCGUCCGCUGGCCCCUGCGACAGCACGCCGAAGUACCAGUACGCCAACGCUGGGCUCAUCAUGGGCCCCGUCUCCGACAUCUACGAGAUGCUCGAGGGUCUGGAGACGUACCAGGCAGACGCCAACCAGCUCGCCAACGACUACUACCUGAAGCACCCGGGCACGGUGACGCUCGACUAUGCGGGCGGCCUGUUCCUCUCCCUGCACAACAUGGUGAGCAGCGGGGGCGCGCCCGUCGAAGUCCAGGAGAUCAACGGCACCAGGGCGCUGUACAGCAGCACCCUGGGCCAGACCGUCUGCUUCGUCCACGGCAACGGCAACGGGUUCGCGGCCCUGCAGGACAUGGCGAGCCAGAUGGACUCCAGCGUGGCGCUGCGCAAGAAGAGCCGCUUCGCCAAGUGGUUCGGCGCGUAG